AUGAACAGAUUUACUUUGAAUAGAUUGAAGGUUAAUCUUCAGUUCAGAAGAGGAGUCAAGACCCCUACCAUUGAUUGGAAGCCAAUUAAAAGUUCUACUUCCAAUGUUACCGAAGCUGAAAUGCAUACCAAACAUCCUUUGUUUAGAAAAUUUAUUCUUGGGUUAAUGGUAACUAUGCCAAUUAUAACUUUUGGUUUAGGUUGUUGGCAAGUAAAGAGAUUGGUUUGGAAGAAUGAAUUGAUAUCCAGAGCUGAAAAAAUGUUAGCAAGAGCACCUUUAACCUCAUUACCACCAGAUUUAGAUCCAGAAGCUGUGAAAGAAUUCGAAUUCAGGAGAUUCAAAAUCAAGGGGAAAUUUAAUUAUGAUCAAGAAAUCUUCUUAGGUCCAAGAAUGAAGAAAGGAGAAGUGGGUUAUUUAGUCAUUGUGCCAUUUGAAAGAUCAGAUGGUGGAGAACCAAUUUUGGUUGAAAGAGGAUGGAUUUCGAAAGAAAAAGUCAUACCUGAAACUAGAGAAAAUAACUAUUUAUCACAUUUAUCAAGACCUAAAGGAGAAGUUGAAAUUGAAGGGUUUUUUAGAAAUAUGCCAAAGAAAUCUUCAUUACAAUUUGAUCAUGAUUCUGAUGCAAGAUUGUUUCACGUUCAUGAUGUUGAGACUAUGGCGGAACAAACUGGUUCUUUACCAAUUUAUUGUCAAUUAUUGUAUGAUUUAUCGGAUCAUCCUGAAUACAAAUCCAAAUCUAUAAUGGAAAAACUUGUUGGUUCUAAAAAGGACGAUUUCGAAAUGGAAUAUCAAGAAUUCGAAUUCAUCAAAAAUGGUGUACCAAUAGGUACAUUCCCCAAAGUUAAUUUCACUAAUAAUCAUUUACAAUAUUUGAUCACAUGGUUUGGUAUUUCUAUAGCAUCUACUGGAUUGUUGGUUUACAGUUUCAUCAAAAUGAAAAAAUUCAAGGGAGCUGAAAGUUUAAUCAAGGCCAAAGAAAAGAAUAUGAAGAUUAAUUGGUAA